GCAGUCUAUGAACAGGUCCGCCGGCGCCGCUUCUUCCUCUGGAGGUGGGACAGGUCUACGAAAUGGAAGUACUGGAUCUGGAAGUACUGGAAGUACUGGAGGUAGCAAGCAAGCACCUCAGGCCUGUGAUCAAAACGCAGUAGUUGCUCCUGAAAGUGCAAACUGGGGCUCUAGUAGUUGUAGUGCUAGUGGCAGCCAAGAACAAGAACCAUCAAGAAACAAGUGCUCGACGAAGGAGCAUCAGAUGAAAGCAAGAACAAGUUGCACUCUACUACAUCAUCUGCAAGAACACGAUGAAAGAGCUCUGGACACGAUGAAAGAGCACCAAAAAUUCUAUCGUAC